GUGGUGUAAGGGGUGGUGACGCGGCGGUGGAGCGGAGGGAAAUCCAGAGCGUUUGUUAAUAAGGUUGGGAAUUCGCCUUCGUGUGAUUCCAUGGUGUGAAUGUUUGUGCUUUAAGUGGGCGUUUUUGACGUGCAAAUGACGCAGUGUAUGCAAGUGAGACGAUGGACCCUGAAGAGAACAAUACAUACGUGCAUACAUUCAAAUAUGUAGGCAUGUGUGUAUGCAUGCAAACAAACAUAAAUGUAUGCAAGUAUACACACAUACAUACACCUCUUCAAACAGGGCAUUGACUUUGGGGAAGUUCUGAACGGAGUCGGUGUGGAGGUGUGGUAGGCAGAUUCACUCUGAGAGGAAACAAAUACGGGAGAGUCUCAUCGAAGGGACUUGUGCGUAUGUCUGCGACACCUGGCUCACGUGUAUUUCGAUGACUGAUUGUCACCGGUGUCAGAUGUGUGAUGCCGGCAUAUAUGAACGCUUGCGUGACGGCGUGUCAUGUGCAUCUGUGUCGUGACUGGCGCCAACGACGUGUGGUGUUCACUCGUGUGUGAUGCGGCGCGUGACGUCCGUGCGUGACGCGUGACGGAUUCGUGACGCCCGUGUCACCCUCAGGUGAUCGACAUCCGCGACAUUAUCCGCACGCCGACGAUCGAGAACAUGAAGGAUGUGUACAUCGUGCAGUGCCUCAUGGAGACGGACCUCUACAAGCUGCUGAAGACACAGAAGCUGAGUAACGACCACAUCUGCUACUUCCUGUACCAAAUUCUGCGGGGGCUCAAGUACAUCCACUCCGCGAACGUGCUACACCGGGACCUGAAGCCGAGCAACCUGCUGCUGAACACCACCUGCGACCUGAAGAUAUGCGACUUUGGCCUGGCGCGGGUGGCCGACCCCGACCACGACCACACGGGCUUCCUCACCGAGUACGUGGCGACCCGCUGGUACCGCGCGCCCGAGAUCAUGCUCAACUCCAAGGGCUACACCAAGUCGAUCGACAUCUGGUCGGUGGGAUGCAUCCUGUGUGAGAUGCUGAACAACCGGCCUAUCUUCCCGGGCCGCCACUACCUGGACCAACUGAACCACAUCCUGUCUGUGCUGGGCAGUCCCACGCAGGACGACCUUCAGUGCAUCAUCAACGAGAAGGCGCGAAACUACCUGCAGUCGCUGCCGUACAAGCCGCGCAUCCCGUGGACGACGCUGUACCCGGACGCAGACGCGCGUGCCCUGGACCUGCUGGACCGCAUGCUGACCUUCAACCCGCACCGGCGCAUCACGGUGGAGGACGCGCUGGGCCACCCCUACCUAGAGCAGUACUACGACCCGGCUGACGAGCCCGUGGCCGAGGAGCCCUUCACGUUCGAGACAGAGCUGGACGACCUGCCCAAGGAGAAGCUGAAGGAGCUCAUCUUCCACGAGACGGAACAGUUCAAGGCUGGCGGGGGCACGCACUCGGCGCCCGCCGUCAUGUAGAGUCGGCCCGGUGGGGAGCAGUACGUGAGGCCCGGGCGACCGGCAGGGGACGUGCGGCCCGCGCCCGGCCGCCGCGCGGUUCGGACGCCCAGCGGCGGCGGCGCAUGCGCGCGCCGUACCCUGACGGCUGGCGCGCGCCCGCCGCGCCGCCACCGCGGAGGCGCUCUCGGCGAGUGCGCCGCGCCAGACUCGGCGAGUCUUCGGGCCGCCGGCUUGUCGACUGGCGGCGAAAAUG